UGUAUUAAGACGCUCCUUUUUUCCACAAAUGUUUGGAUGCGCGGCCCACCCUUUGCGUCCGCAGCCAUAGUGUCCCGUGAUUGGCUACUCGGGAAGAUUAUGCAAAUGAGAAAUAGGUCUGGUUAGGAGAACGUGGGGCUGACGUCACGAGGCAGAGUGGCCGCCGACAGGGGUGGGGAAGCGGGGGGGGGGGGGCAGUGGAUCGAGACGUGGAACACGAGCAGCAGACAUGAAAAGAUACAAACAGAGCGUCGGUGCAGAGUCCGGCCAUUGAGGGAGGAGAGGGGUAGCAGGAAAGGAGGAAAAGGAGCGCGCAACGGAGAGCGAGACAGGAGUGGGGCAUAAGAGAAAGGGAAGGUGGAGUGGGCUUGAAAAGUGAGAGAGAGGAGGACAGGGACAGGAGGGGGAGAGAGGAGAGAGAGAGGGAGAGGAGAGAGAGAGAGAGGAGAGAGAGGGGGAGAGCAGCUGGUCCAUUGAAGAAAGAUGGCUACAGUCACGGCGAACGGAGUGCAGCAGGAGAAUGGAUUCAGCACCACGAACAGCGGCGGCAGGAUGAACGGGCUCACCAUCGGCCAGAACACGAUCCCCAUGAAGGACCACGACGCCAUCAAGUUGUUCAUAGGACAGAUACCGCGGAACCUGGAGGAGAAGGACCUGAAACCGCUCUUUGAGGAAUUCGGCAAGAUAUACGAACUCACCGUGCUGAAAGACAGGUUCACAGGAAUGCAUAAAGGAUGUGCCUUUCUCACGUACUGUGCCAGAGAGUCGGCGCUGAAGGCCCAGAGUGCCCUGCACGAACAGAAGACCCUACCGGGGAUGAACCGGCCAAUCCAGGUGAAACCAGCAGACAGUGAAGGACGAGGAGAAGACAGGAAGCUGUUCGUGGGCAUGCUGGGAAAGCAGCAGGGGGAGGAUGAUGUGCGGCGGCUGUUUGAGCCCUUCGGUCAGAUCGAGGAGUGCACCAUCCUGAGAGGGCCUGACGGGGCCAGUAAGGGCUGUGCCUUCGUUAAGUUCUCCAGCCAUGCAGAAGCGCAGGCGGCCAUCAACACCCUGCACGGUGGACAGACCAUGCCGGGAGCCUCUUCAAGCUUGGUGGUGAAGUUCGCCGACACAGACAAGGAGCGCACCCUGCGUCGUAUGCACCAGAUGGCAGGACAGCUCGGCAUCUUCAGCCCCAUGACGGUCCAGUUUGGGGCCUAUGGGGCCUACACCCACGCUCAGAUGAUGCAGCAGCAGGCGGCAUUCAUGGCCGCAGCCCAGGGCUCCUACCUGAACCCCAUGGCAGCCAUAGCCGCCGCGCAGAUGCAGCAAAUGGCGACCUUCAAUGUCAACGGCCUCGUGGCUGCACCCAUGACACCGUCCUCAGGCACCAGCACCCCUCCAGGCAUCAGUGCCACAGCCGUGCCUAGCAUAGCCACUCCCAUCGGGGUCAACGGCUUCAGCGCCCUGCCACCACAGACCAAUGGCCAGCCCACGUCAGAGCCCAUCUAUGCCAAUGGAAUACACCCAUACCCAGCACAAAGUCCUACAGUGGCAGACCCACUCCAGCAGGCCUACGCGGGUGUCCAGCACUACGCAGCAGCCUACCCUGCAGCCUAUGCGCCAAUCAGCCAAGCAUUUCCGCAGCAACCAGCUAUCAUACCGCAGCAACAGAGAGAAGGGCCAGAAGGCUGCAACCUGUUUAUUUACCACCUGCCCCAGGAGUUUGGAGAUGCCGAGCUCACGCAGAUGUUCCUGCCGUUCGGCAGCGUCAUUUCUGCCAAAGUCUUCGUUGACCGUGCAACCAAUCAGAGCAAAUGUUUUGGUUUCGUCAGCUUUGACAACCCAUCCAGCGCUCAGGCUGCCAUCCAGGCCAUGAACGGCUUCCAGAUCGGAAUGAAGAGGCUGAAGGUGCAGCUCAAGAGGCCGAAGGAUGCCAACCGACCUUACUGACCGCUCCAUCCUUCGUGCCAGGAUGAAGGGCCUUGAAACCUUAUUUCCACAAGUGCAGUAUAAGUACAAAGACUUCUCGUUCUGCCACAUAUCAUGAAAGAAGGACGGUCCCUUGAUUAUGUGGGAAAGGAAUUGAGCGACUGGAAAAGGAACCAGGAAGGUUUUUCUAUCCAGUUCUCCUUUAUUUCCCCGACCCAUCUUUCUUGCCUGGUUUUUUUUUUUUUUUUUUUUUUUGAUUCGCCAUCAGUGGAAACCAGUUUUAUUGCGACCAAGUUUUUUGCUGCUGUUUAUCGGACAUGAGAGUGAGAACCUUUACAGACUCAUAAUGCUUAAAGCAUGCAUACCAGGAUAAGCAUUGAAAA